AUGUGGUUCGCGUAAUAGCCACAGGCCGUAAUUAAGCAGAGAACCUUCCCAAACAGAACAUUAAAUAUUUCAUUAAUCGCGCGUGUAAAAGUUCAAAUGUUACAGUUCCGGUUUACUGCAGCUAGCUAACUGAUUUUUUUUUCUUUUUUUUUUGAGGAUCUACCUACAUUAUUAUUUUUAUUAUUAUAAUUUCUAGUUAGCUAGCUAAAACUUUACAGGUCCUGAACGACCCCGUGAGGUGUUAAGUAUAUCCAGACGCUUCAUAUACCAUGUUGGCUACAGGCGCAGCUGCAACUACAGCACUGGUACAGGUGGAUCGGGAGAAGAUCUACCAGUGGAUCAACGAGUUGUCCAGCCCAGAGACCAGGGAGAAUGCCCUCCUGGAGCUCAGCAAAAAGAGGGAGUCUGUGCCGGACCUGGCGCCCAUGCUCUGGCACUCAUGUGGCACCAUUGCCGCCCUCCUGCAGGAAAUUGUGAACAUCUACCCCUCCAUAAACCCCCCAACGCUGACGGCACACCAGUCCAAUCGAGUCUGCAAUGCCCUCGCACUGUUACAGUGUGUCGCUUCCCAUCCAGAGACUCGGUCUGCAUUUCUGGCAGCACACAUUCCUCUUUUCCUCUACCCCUUCUUGCAUACCGUGAGCAAGACACGUCCCUUUGAGUACCUCCGCCUUACCAGCUUAGGAGUCAUAGGGGCUCUUGUCAAAACAGAUGAGCAGGAGGUGAUCAACUUCCUGCUUACCACAGAGAUCAUACCCCUGUGUCUGCGUAUCAUGGAGUCAGGCAGCGAGCUCUCCAAAACGGUUGCUACUUUUAUACUGCAAAAAAUUCUGCUAGACGACACCGGACUGGCAUACAUAUGCCAGACAUAUGAACGCUUCUCCCACGUGGCAAUGAUCCUUGGUAAAAUGGUACUGCAGCUCUCGAAGGAACCCUCAGCACGUCUGCUGAAACACGUCGUACGCUGCUACCUUCGCCUGUCCGAUAACCCCAGAGCACGAGAGGCGCUACGCCAAUGUCUGCCCGACCAGUUGAAGGAUGCCACGUUUGCCCAGGUUCUGAAGGACGACACCACCACCAAGCGCUGGCUGGCCCAGCUCGUCAAAAACCUGCAGGAGGGCCAAGUGACCGAUGGCCGGGGCAUUCCCCUGACCGCACAGUGACCGCCCACCUUGUCAACCCCUUGAAUACUAGCUGAGGAAUGGUACCGCACUGCACAGAAGACAACCAUGACUAGAAGUGGAAUGGAAAAAGGGUCCGGUAGUCAUUUUUCGACACUGGCACUUGUGUAUAUUUUAUAGUACCGGUGUGAAUAUUUUUGAGCUAAUAUUCUAUGAUGGCCCGGUACUCAAGAGAAAUUGAAGGCACCGGUUGUUUGAAGUGGUGUGCACUGGUCCAAGACCAUGACAGGAAAAUGCUGUGAAGGACCGUAAACUCUGUGGCUCACUUGUUGUUGCCACUCACAUGGCAAAUCUCCCUGAGACGUUCUCACAGUGGUCCCAAAAGUCUUCUGGAGGCGUUUGAUUGGCAUUUCAAAAAGAGACCUGUAAUAUGGGGUUCAGCAAUGAUGUCAUUAAUUGCCCUGGUUUUGACUGGCUAAAAUGAAUGGUGCUCCCAAUAUUUUUAGUAAUUUUCUGAACAGAAACGACUACAGGCUUUUUCUAAGUGCCCCCCCCCCCCCCCCCCAUUUUUUUCUUUUUUUUUUUAAUGAAUGUACUCCACUUCUUGAGGGUAGGUCUCAACAUAAAGCUCUACUUUUUCUUAGGGGCUACACAUUUAACAAAUCUACUGCAAACAAAAUAAAGAUCCACUCACCUUUUCAGCAAAAACGGUUUAUUUCACCAACUUGUUAAAAUAGGUGUAUAUAAUGUCUUCAUAUAUUGUUCAUUCAGAUCGGAAAUGUGAUUUCUGCAUUACCAUUAAUCUCAGAGAAGUUUCUUGAUGAGUAACCUUGGCCGUGGGCAUUCUUCAUAGAGCAUAUAAGACUGGGAUAUCAACAAUUCAAACUUUGUUGUUGUGGUCAGUGAACAUAGAAAUGUGUAGAAGUGACCUUACUUAAUAAAGCGUUUGUCUAAUUGG